UAUCGACCCACACACUUGUCCACACCAUUGGACCUACAUGAACGGCCAUUGUCGAUUCUCAUCUUAACAGCAACAACACCAAAGAGGGGCAAGAGAUUUACUUUGCGGACACUGGGACACUGGGGAUCCGCAACUUUGGCCGUAGGGGAAGUUAUCAGUAGACUCCCAGCGGAACCAUGACACCUUUGGGAGACUACCUAGCCAAAGUCGCAAAUGCAGUUGGGACUGAAAAUGGCGAAGCACUUGCGACUUUGACGGAUUUGCUUAUGCCUGAGGAAUGGGUCUCCCAGCUAUUACCAGAACUCUCAGAGGGCGAGUUUUCAACAAUAGAAGCACGAGUAUCUUCAGCGGUGCCCGCUCCCCUUGAUUCCUACGUCUCGGCAUUCCUAGGCUACCUACAAACCGCCGACCCCCGAGACUUUUACGAUGCCGCCGCUGCGGUAUUCGCGCAAUUUUGCAACCCAGUGUUUUCACGACAUUGGCAUAUCCCGGUCCUGAAGCGGCUCUGCGGAAGUAUGAUUUUUCUGGCCCUACAAAGGGAUAUGUACCUGAAAAGUUUGGGCAAGAAGGGAACAAGUGCCGUAAAUUUGCAGAAUCGGUUUUCGGUGCUAAUGUCAUUGAUAUUGGUGGAUCGACCCGGAUUUGCUGAGACAAAAGCAGCCGCUCUCUUAGUGGCCAAUACCGCCCUCAGAUUUUAUAUCAAAAUAAACGAAUGGCAACUGUGCACCAAGCUGGUUCGUCAGAUCGAUCAACGAAGGCUUGAUCUAACAGCUUAUUCGAUGAGUCAACGAGUUACAUACCAUUUCCUGGUUGGGCGACUGAAACUGUAUUAUCAUAAAUUUCGCGCGGCAGAGCGACAUUUAUCGUUUGCAUUGGAACAUUGUCAUGCACGGGCAGGAGCAAAUCGAUGCCGUAUAUUCUCUCUUCUUGUGGUCGCCAGAAUGAUUCGAGGGAUGAUCCCACGCACCUACCUUCUCGAGAAGUUUCAACUGGACCAAUCGUUUGGGCCACUGAUUGCGGCCUACAAAAGAGGCCAUCUCGCCGAGUACGACCGAUUAUUGGAGAAGAAUGCGAGCUUUUUUGCGAGUUUGGGAGUUUUGUAUAUUUUGGAGCAUCGAACGCGUAUUAUUAUGUACAGAAACCUGUUUCGAAGUGUGUUACUGCUGUCAAGAGAAGGGAAACCCGAUGCUGCCAUGACCCAACUUGAUUAUGCUCAGCUUCUACGUGCCUGUGUAUUUGCCGGUGUGCAGGAUAUGAACAUGGCUAGUCUCGAGAGCAUUGUGGUGGCCCUGAUCGCCCAGGGAUAUAUGAAAGGAUACACGCUGCCGGCAAGAAAAUUAGUGGUUGUAUCGCGGAACAAUCCAUUUCCGGUUCCCUAUCAGUUGGCGGAAUUGCGCAAGGCCAGAGCAAAAACGAAGCGUGUCGUAAACCCACCUCGAAGACCAUCACGACGGCUUUCUAUGGGAGGAAUGUGAAGAGGGAUUGACCACUCAUGGUUACGAAAGACAAAACCAGAGAAAUUUGGCUCAUCAGCCUGCGCUAGCCACGGAAGCGACAGGAUUGCCUGACUCAGCUAACAAUGGUCAAUGAACCCGACAUCUAUAUGAUGAAGUUCCCCCUCAGAAGGGCACUUUCUCUAGCGGGUGUCCUCCAAAUGAAAAUCAAAAUCUAUUUAUUUAUUUAUUCUUCAAGACGUUUUCAACUUUGU